CCGCGCCCGCCCCCCGGCCGCUCCCCGCGGGUGGAGGAGGAGGGGCCCUGCGGGUGGGGCAGCUUCUCCCCUAGGGCUCUGCAGCUCUGCAACAACCCCGAGGGCUACCUGAGCGUCUACAGCCUGCUGGCCGUCUUCCAAGGUAUCAUUGUGAAUGGCCUAAUAAACGUUAGUAUUUCCACCAUUGAAAAGCGUUUUGAGCUGAACAGUUCCCUUGCUGGCGUCAUCUCUGCAAGCUAUGACAUUUCUUUUUGUGUAUUGUCCCUGUUUGUAUCUUUCUUUGGAGAAAGAGGGCACAAACCAAGAUGGCUUGCCUUUUCAUCAUUUAUGAUAGGAUUGGGCUCACUUGUGUUUGCCUUGCCACACUUUUCUGUUGGAAUAUAUCAGUAUGGAUCUAAACUUGAAGAUACCUGUCCAGUAUCAGGAACUAGGAAUGCUAACUUCACUUGCAAUACCAGCAAACAGUCUUCACUUUCCAACUACCUCUAUGUCUUCAUCCUGGCACAGCUGCUGCUGGGAGUUGGAGGAACUCCCUUGUACACUGUUGGCACAGCCUUCAUUGAUGAUAGUGUCCCAAAACACAAAUCAUCUCUAUAUAUAGGAAUUGGCUAUGCCAUGUCAUUGCUGGGUCCUGCCCUUGGCUAUGUAUUAGGAGGGCAGCUGCUUAAAAUCUAUAUUGAUGCCCCUCUUCAAACAAGCACAGAGAUUGAUCCAGAUGACCCACGUUGGCUUGGGGCUUGGUGGAUAGCAUUUCUCCUGUGCUGUCUUGGAACAUGGCUUCUGAUAGUACCAUUUUCAUGUUUUCCAAAGCAUUUACCAGGUACAGCAAAAAUACAAUCUGAAAAAGUUUCUGAAGCUCAUCAUGAUGGAAGUGAGGCAUUUGUUGAAGACAGGAAUAUUGGAAAAAGUUUUAAAGAUUUUCCAGUUGCUCUUUUGAUACUGCUGAAGAAUCCUGUAUUGAUGUGUUUAAUAAUAGCUGCUUCUACAGAAGCUUUAGUUGCCACUGGCUUUGCCACAUUUCUGCCAAAAUACAUAGAAAAUCAGUUUGGACAGACAUCCAGUUAUUCAGCUACAUUAGGAGGACUUGUAUUAAUUCCAGGAGCAGCACUAGGCCAAAUCAUAAGUGGCUUCUUGGUUUCCAAGUGCAAAAUGGAUUGCAAAAAUGUAAUCAAGUUCAUUUUAGGUACUUGCUCAGUGGCACUAGCAUUAAACACAGUGAUUGUGUUUGCAAAAUGUGGGAACGAACCAUUUGCAGGUGUCUCCGAAACAUAUAACGGAACAGGCAAAUUACAGAACUUGACAGCACCAUGUAAUGCUAACUGCAACUGCUUACGCUCCUUCUAUUACCCAGUUUGUGGCAGAGAUGAAGUCCAGUAUUUUUCUCCCUGUUUUGCAGGAUGUACAUCUUUUUCUGUUCAAAAGAGGAAAAAGACUUACCAAAACUGCUCCUGUGUGGGGAAGCCAAAAAAAUUACCUGCAACAGAAGAUGUCUCUUUUGAGGUUGUGGCUAGGAAAUGCAAAACACAGUGCACAUUCUUGCCUCUAUUCCUGACCGUUUUCUUUCUUGCUGUUGUUUUCACUUUUAUGGCUGUUACUCCCACUACUGUGGCCAUCCUCAGGUGUGUUCCAGAUAAACAGCGUUCAUUUUCUCUGGGAGUUCAGUCGCUGUUUCUACGAAUAGUAGGCACUAUUCCUGGACCAAUUCUGUUUGGUGUGGCAAUAGACAGUAGUUGUACUCUGUGGGAUAUUAAUAAAUGUGACACUAAAGGAGCCUGCUGGGUCUAUGACAACUCAAAAAUGGCCUUUAUGCUGAUUGGUAUAAGUGCAGUUUGUAAAGUCAUCACUAUCCUUUUUGUUGUUGCUGCAUUAUGCUUGUAUAAGCCUCCACCGAGCAUUUCUGUGACUUUGCGAAAGGAUGCUGAAAUAGUUUCUGCUGUGCCUAUGUAAAACUUACGAAAAAAACAGGAACUUUAAAAUAAAUCAAGAAGAAUAUAUACAGCUGCCGGAGAAAAGCUGCGAGAGAGUUUUAUGUACAGCAUUAUUUCAACACAAUUUAGUUCUUGAGCAAAUUAAAGUGAUUUUUAAAUAUAGGUGGAUGUUUCUGUAACAUUAAUUGAAGCUCAGGAAAUUUUAUAUUUCAACAAUGUACCUUUAAAUAUCACAGGAAAGAAAUUAGGCUAUUAACCCUUUUGUUUUUAACUCUCCAUAUAUUCAAUAAAAAUACAGUAAAUAUAGGAAGGGUCUUAUUAUUUGGUAAGUUAAGCAAAUUGCAUAAUUAUCAGUCAAACAUAAAAAAGAUGAUACUGAACUGGAAUACCCCACUACUAAAAGACAGAUUUUAGGACAAUUGGAUUAAUUAAAUGGAGUUGUCAAUGUCUACUUCAAACUGGCAGGAAUAAUCUGUGCCAAUGUUUGGGCUGCUAAACAACAUUUAAGGUUAGACUGAUGUAAAUGUAUAAAUGCAAUAGUUUCUUGAGUAAGAACAAAUAGAAAAAAAACAAGCACUUAAAUUUUCUCAAUAUACUUUGUGCAAGUUAGGUUAAAUGUUUAAAUUGUGAUCAUUUUUUGUAAUCUUAAAUAUAUCUGUAGGAAAAAAUAGUUCUCAUUAUAGGAAAACUGUUAAUUACAUGUUUAUUAAACUGGGUGCUUUCAUUCAACUGGGUGCCUUAGUAUUUGAAUUUAGACAAUAUCCAAAAGGAUAAUGUCAAAAUAUUGUUACAUUUUGUAGAGAAUAUUCAUUUCUCAUAAUAUAUACUUCAGAAAUUUUGAAAAUGAAAUUUGUUUUCUUUAGAUGUUUUACUCAUUUGAUAUGUGUGAUCUCAUUAUUUUGAGGUUACUCCUACCUAAGCUCUUCUGCACUAAUUAUUUUCUAAAAAAGGAUUUACUUGUUUUUACUGAUUACAAAUGCACAAAGACUACUCAAAUACAGUGAUAGAAAAAUUACAUUGAAUUGGGGCUUAUAAAUCUUGAAAAUAAUAGAGUGUGGAUCUGUAGAAAACUUAAAAUAAGAUAUACAUAUCUUGGUGAACACAGCAGUUUUUUUAGUAUUAAACAUUUAUUAAAUGCAAAUCUAUAUUUAAAUAUUGUUUACUAUGAAAUAAAUCUAUUUUAAA